AUGGGUGCUCCGUCGACCUUGAUUUUCCUGGUCCUGGCGGCCAUCUGUGCCACGAUCAACGCAAUUCCCACCAUCUCAGUAGUCGGUUCAAAGUUCUUCACAAGCGAUGGCAACCAAUUCUUCGUCAAAGGUGUUGCGUACCAGCUGGUCGAAGACGACCCUCUCGUCAACACCACCCAAUGUCAACUGGAUGCCACACUCAUGCAGCAGCUAGGCGCAAACGCCAUUCGUGUGUACCAUGUGGACGCCUCGGCCGAUCAUGCCGGUUGUAUGAACGCUUUUGCCGCUGCUGGGAUUUACCUGUUUGUGGAUAUGGACAGCUUCAAAACAUACAUUCGAUAUGAAUCUGACUCGUCGUGGACCGCGAACAAAUCGGCUUCGUAUAGAGCUGUUAUGGACAACUUUCAACAAUACGACAACACCGCUGGGUUUUUCGUGGGCAACGAGGUGCUCAAUGUUUUGGCCGAUUCUGGCGCUGCGCCCUAUCUUCUCUCCGCAGCUGCCGACCUCAAGAGUUACCGAGAUGCCAAAGGCUACCGCAAGAUUCCUAUCGGCUACUCGGCGACUGACACUGCCGUUCUCCGGCCUAUGCUUCAGGACUACUUGGUGUGCCGUCCUAACGUGACUGAGCGCCUCGACUUCUACGCAUUGAACAGCUACGAGUGGUGUGGAUCUACACCUGAUUUUCAGACUUCAGGAUACAUUGGACUGCAGGCGCUUGCCGAGGAUUACCCAGUACCUAUUUUCUUCUCCGAGGAUGGCUGCAAUACCGUACCGCCGCGCACAUUCAACGAUCAAGCUGCCAUCUUUGGACCGCAGAUGGUUGACACCUGGUCUGGAGCCAUCAUCUACGAGUGGAUUCAAGAGAUGAACAAUUAUGGACUUGUGUCGUAUGGUCCGCAGGUGGGACCAGACGUCAACCAAGGGUCGACCAUAAUACAAGGAUUCACCCGCCAAGGAGUACCGACUCCUGUAUCACCAGAUUUCAGCAAUCUCCAACAACAAUGGAAGACCCUGAACCCUACAGGGGUGAGAUCAGCUCAGUAUGCGGCGACAGUCAAGACCACGCCACCACCUUGCCCAAGUUCGACCGCAGGAGGAUGGACGGUGGACCCUAGCGCGCCUCUCCCCACGGUUGGAGUCGGUGCCGUCUCAGCAGGUAUGCCAAACGGCGUGCCGAAGGGCAGCAUUACAGUGGACCCUUCUGCCGCCAGGACCCCUUCUCCUUAUACUUCGCUCUCUGUUUCUGCUCUUUCCACGUCGCUCGCAUUUUCGACUUCGCAGACCAGUAGUACUUACAGCUCGACAGUCACCCCAUCGUCGAUGACCAGCAGCACGGCAUCAGCGGCCACCUCGCAAGGAGCUGCUGGCAGAACCGUUUACGGACCUCCCUCGUUCAAGGAUGCCGGGCUGAUGAUACCUCUCAGGGACCUCUCGGAGAUGGAUGUGGUUGAUCUUACGAUUCACGAAAAGGAUAACAGCGAGUUUCGAUUCGGGAAGAAAUGCAGCAACACGAUCAAAGUAUUGGGUGAAAGUGAAAAGAGCUCAAGAAGACAACGAGGCAAGAUGUUCAACCAGCACAGUGGAGAAAUGUUCCGUAGGCGGUACGGCCACGACGAACCUCUCGCAAACUUGCACAAUGUCGCCUUACCCGGGGAGCUCUCGCAGGAUACAAGCGCAGUGCCUUCGCCGCAUGGGUCCGGAGAGCCUUCGAGAAGUCAGAGCCAGGAGCGCGAGGGGACAUGGGGCGAACGCGAUAUCGGAGGCCCUGUCAGCCGAGAAGAGGCUAUGGCCCAGUUUGAGGAGAUCCGGAGGGAGAUCUCCAGGCUCAGCCUGCAGCGUACCGCAACCCGUGAUUCCGGUGCCGAAAAAGCGAGGACUUGGCUCUCCAGAGCUCGAUCUCGACCGUCGAUGGCUCGGACCCGCACAAUCGCUUCAAGAGCCAGCAGUGAGGCCACCGAUGCGACCUGGGACAAGGAGGCUGGUCCGGAACCGGUCGAGGAGGAUGACCUGGAUCUAGGCGCUUUCCUCAAGGACGGUCAUUUCGAGAAACGCACCGAGGCAGGGGAGUCGGCCAAGAAGGUGGGAGUAGUGUUCAAGAACCUGACCGUCAAGGGAGUGGGCGCUCAAGCAACCUUCACAAAAACCCUGCCAGAGGCUAUCGUGGGCACCUUUGGACCUGACCUCUACCGCCUCGUGACCAGAUUCGUCCCUGCUUUGAAAUUCGGCAAGCCACCUCUGACCAGGGAUUUGAUCCACGAUUUCACUGGCAGUGUCCGCGAUGGCGAGAUGAUGCUGGUGCUCGGUCGUCCAGGGUCAGGCUGCUCCACAUUUCUCAAGGUCAUUGCCAACCAACGGGAAACCUUCGCUGGUGUUGAAGGCCUGGUCACUUACGGGGGCAUCUCGGCCGAAGAACAAAAGAGAAGCUACCGCGGCGAAGUCAACUACAAUCCCGAAGACGAUCAGCACCUCCCUACUUUGACCGUGUGGCAGACUUUGAAGUUUGCGUUAAUGAACAAGACCAAGAAACAGGAUGCUAACACCAUCCCCAUCAUCAUCGACGCGCUCUUGAAGAUGUUUGGCAUCUCCCACACGAGAGACACUUUAGUGGGAAACGAGUACGUGCGAGGUGUCUCCGGGGGUGAACGAAAACGAGUUGGUAUCGCGGAGACCCUGGCAACAAAGUCAACGGUGGUCUGUUGGGACAAUUCGACGCGUGGUUUGGAUGCCUCCACCGCUUUGGAUUAUGCAAAGUCGCUCCGCGUCAUGACUGACAUUUCGAAUCGGACGACCUUUGUCACUCUCUACCAGGCAGGUGAGGGCAUCUAUGAGCUCAUGGACAAGGUCUUGGUCAUCGAACAAGGCCGCAUGAUCUACCAAGGUCCGGCGAAGCAAGCACGCCAGUAUUUCAUUGACCUGGGAUUCCAUUGCCCCGAUCGACAAACCACAGCAGACUUCCUGACUUCAGUGGGCGACCCUAACGAGCGGCAAUUCCGAAGCGGCAUGGAAGCUUCGACACCUAAAACUGCACAAGAGUUGGAGGCGGCGUAUCUCAAAUCGGACAUUUACAGAGCAGUGCUCGCCGAUGUCGAAAGCUACGAAAAGGAAAUCCAGGCUUCCAAUUGCUCUGAUACCAGACAGUUCCAGGCAGCCGUUCAGGAACAAAAGAGCAACAGUAAACUCAUCUCACCCCGGUCCAGCUAUACCGUCUCCUUUUGGCGGCAAGUUAUGGCUUGUACACUGCGCGAGUUCUGGCUUUUCUGGGGUGACAAGUCGACGCUGUACACCAAAGCCUUCAUUAUCAUUUCAAACGCUCUUAUCGUCGGUUCCUUAUUCUAUGGAGAAAGCCUCGACACCAGCGGCGCAUUUUCUCGAGGUGGCGCUCUUUUCUUUUCCAUUCUGUUCCUUGGCUGGUUACAACUGACAGAGUUGGUGAGGGCGGUCAGCGGCCGUGUCGUGAUCGAACGACAUCGCGACUAUGCGUUCUAUCGGCCAAGCGCUGUGGUUAUCGCCAGAGUCGUUCUUGACCUGCCGGUCGUCGCGGUCCAGGCGGUCGUCUUCACUGUAGUGCUCUACUUUAUGGCUAAUCUCGAUGUCGAUGCGGGCAAGUUCUUCAUCACUCUCCUUUUCGUGUACAUCAGCACAAUUUGCAUCACAGCACUCUAUCGGAUGUUUGCGGCCUUGAGUCCGACCAUUGACGACGCGGUUAGAUUUUCCGGCCUUGCACUCAAUCUCUUGGUCAUCUUCGUCGGUUAUACGAUUCCAAAGACCAUUUUGACUGGCGAUGUGAUCUGGUUUGGUUGGUUGUUCUACAUCAAUCCGGUUGCAUAUUCGUACGAGGCAGUAUUGACGAACGAGUUCCACGGUCGAUUGAUGGAUUGCUCUCCUUCCAACUUGGUGCCCCGCGGACCCAACGCACAACCAGGUUAUCAAGGAUGUUCACUUUCCGGAGCGACUCUAGGCAGCACCAGCGUCAGUGGCGAUGCUUACUUCGAGAAUACCUUUGGCUAUUCGCACUCACAUCUCUGGCGGAACUUCGGAGUGGUCAUCGCCUUUACGGUUCUUUACAUAUUGAUCACAGCCUUCGCUUCCGAAAUCUUCUCGUUCGUUGGAGGGGGAGGUGGUGCUUUGAUCUUCAAGAAAACCCGCAAAGCAAAGAGGAUGGUGGGCGAAGAGACCAAACAUACGGAUGAAGAAAAGGCUGUGACACCUGCGGAGCCGGGCUCGAGCGGCACCUCGGAAAUAAUGAAGGAGGAGCCGGGCGCCAUGGUGGAUAGCAUCGCCAAAAGUAAGAGUGUGUUCACGUGGGAGAAUGUCCAGUACGAAGUCCCAUAUCAAGGUGGCACGAGAAAACUGCUCAACGGGGUCAACGGAUACGUCAAACCCGGAAUUAUGAUUGCGCUCAUGGGUGCGUCGGGGGCCGGCAAGACAACUCUGCUCAAUACCCUCUCGCAGCGGCAGACCACGGGCACUGUUUCAGGGGAUAUGCUUGUCGACGGACGUCCUCUUGGGAUCGAGUUUCAGCGAGGGACCGGCUUCUGCGAACAGAUGGACUUGCACGAUGAAGCUGCCACCAUUCGUGAAGCCCUCGAGUUUUCGGCGAUCUUGAGGCAAGAUCGGCAUGUGCCAAAGCAGGAGAAGCUUGACUAUGUCAAUAAGAUCAUCGAAUUACUGGAACUCCACGACAUCGAGGACGCCAUCAUCGGCUCUCUGGGUGUCGAACAGCGCAAGAGAUUGACCAUUGGGGUGGAACUGGCUGCGAAGCCGGAGUUGCUGCUGUUUCUCGACGAGCCGACCAGCGGGCUGGAUUCUCAAUCUGCCUUUUCGAUUGUCCGCUUCCUGAAGAAGCUCUCCCAGGCGGGCCAAGCCAUCAUCUGCACCAUUCACCAACCUUCUUCGAUGCUGAUCCAGCAAUUUGAUAUGGUCUUGGCCCUGAACCCGGGCGGCAACCCGUUCUACUUUGGUCCCAUCGGGGAGAAUGGAGCCGCUGUGAUUGAGUAUUUCGCCAAACGAGGUACCCAAUGCCCACCAAACAAGAACGUGGCCGAGUUCAUUCUCGAGACGGCUGCGAAAGGAGGCAAGAGAAGAGCAGAUGGAAAGCGGGUCAACUGGAACAAAGAAUGGCUUGAGUCGGAAGAGAACGCCGCCAUGCUCAAGGAGAUACAGCGCCUGAAGGAGGAACGGUCCAAGGAGCCGCCGAAGGAGGUCAAGGAGCAGCUCGCCUUUGCAGCUCCUAUACCACUCCAGACCUACGAGCUUACGAAGCGUACCUUCCGCUCUUACUGGCGGGACCCGUCCUAUUUGUAUGCGAAGCUCUUCACCAGCGUCCUCAUCGGCAUCUUCAACGGCUUCACCUUCUACAAUCUUGACGACUCAGUUGCGUCGCUGCAGGAACGGUUCUUUACUUCUUUCCUGAUCAUCAUCAUUCCGCCCACCAUCGUCAACGGCGUCGUUCCCAAGUUCUACCAAAGCCGCGCGUUGUGGGAAGCGCGUGAAUAUCCAUCUCGCAUUUACGGAUGGUUCGCAUUCUGCACUGCACAGGUCGUCGCCGAAAUCCCCACGGCUAUCAUCAGCGCUGUCAUCUACUGGCUGCUGUGGUACUAUCCGACGGGACUGCCACGCGACAGCGGGACCGCGGGGUACAUGUUCCUGAUGACCAUGCUGUUCUACUUCUUCAUGUCGUCUUGGGGCCAGUGGAUCUGUGCGUUUGCCCCUUCGUUUACGGUGAUUUCGAACACGCUACCGUUCUUUUUCGUCAUGGUCUCCAUCUUUAACGGGAUCGUGAGGCCUUACAGCCAGCUGCCCGUGUUCUGGCGGUACUGGAUGUACUACGUGAACCCGGCCACGUGGUGGCUGCGUGGCGUGCUGGCGGCGACAUUGAAAGACGUGACAGUCCGCUGUGCGCCGGGUGAAUCGACGCUCUACAACGCCCCACCUGGCCAGACCUGCCAGUCGUACACGCAACCGUUCAUUGACUCGUCAGGUUUGGGUUAUGUGAGCACUCUAGCGAACGGGACGUGCGCAUACUGUCCAUACGCGACGGGGAGGGAGUAUCUCGCCACGCUGAACACCAAGCCGAACGAGCAGUGGCGUGACUUUGGCAUCUUCUUGGUCUUUGUGUGCUCGAACUGGCUGCUCGUCUACUUCUUCAUCUAUACCGUGAGGGUGAAGAAAUGGAGCUUCGGGAUGCGCCAUGUCUUUGGCACGGCUGAGAAGGUGAUUGAGGCGACGAAGGGUUUGGCGAAGAGGAACAAGUAA